AUGAGCAUGGAGAGUGAUCCCGCUAACGACAGGCACUCCGUUGGCGAAGGCAGCGGCGGCGUGAGCUUGCUCCGGCCACCGCGGAUAUUCUGCCUCACGAUGCUCUCGAUCGUAUUCUGGGCUCUGAUAUUCUACUUUAUCUCCACAAUGCAAGGCGACAUGGCGUCUCUUCUCCUCAAGCCCUCAGGUCUUCUCCUCAAGCCCUCAGCCUUCUCCCUUCCGCCCUUCCGCUUUGGCCGGGACCGGUGCGUCGGCCGGUACAUCUACAUGUACGACCUGCCGCCACAGUUCAACGCCGACAUCGCCCGCGAAUGCAGCAAGUUCGCGGCAGGCGUCGACAUGUGCAAGUACACGGCGAACGACGGGUUCGGCCCCCCGCUCCCGCCCGGCGACUCCCUGCCAGAGAAGGGAGCCUACGACACCGACCAGUACGUGCUGGAGUUGAUCUACCACUCUCGGAUGAGGCGGUACGAGUGCCUCACCACCGACCCCUCCAUCGCCGCUGCAGUGUACGUGCCCUUCUACGCCGGGUUCGACGCGGCACUGAACUUGUGGAGGAGCAACCUUUCGGCCCGUGACGCCCUGCCGCUGGACAUGGUGGAGUGGCUCGUGCGGCGGCCCGAGUGGCGCGCCAUGGGGGGCCGCGACCACUUCCUGGUCGCCGGACGGGGCACAUGGGAUUUCGUCCGCGGCGAAGGCGGCGGCUGGGGCAGCGCCUUCAUGACGUACCCGGCCGUCCGCAACAUGACGGUGCUCACCAUCGAGGCUAGCCCCUGGCUCGGCAACGACUUCGGCGUGCCGUUCCCGUCACACUUCCACCCUUCUUCCGACGACGACGUGCUUCGCUGGCAGGACCGCAUGCGCCGGCAGGACCGCAGGUGGCUCUGGGGUUUCGCCGGCGGGUCGCGCCCCGACAGCAAGAGAACGGUGCGCGCCCAGAUCAUAGAGCAGUGCGGCAAUUCGAGCAGCUGCACGAUGUUCGCCAGCACGACGGGCGUCCACAACUCGCCGGACGGGAUCAUGGGGCUGCUGGAGAGCGCCGAGUUCUGCAUCGAGCCGUGCGGCGACUCCUACACCCGCAAGUCCACCUUCGAUGCCAUCCUCGCCGGCUGCAUCCCGGUCUUCUUCCACCCGAUCUCCGCCUACACCCAGUACACGUGGUACCUGCCCAGGGACUACAGGAGCUACUCGGUGUUCAUCCCCCAGGACGAUGUGGCCAAACGGAACGCCAGCAUCGAGGAGACGCUGAGGCAAAUACCGCCGGCGAAGGUGGCGCGGAUGCGAGAGGAGGUGAUCCGGCUCAUACCGAGGGUGAUGUACAGGGACCCGGCGGCGAUGGGCGUGACAUUCAAGGACGCAUUCGAUGUCGCUGUGGACGCCGUCAUCGACAGGGUGGCGAAGCGCCGGCGCGCCGCGGCCGAGGGACGCGAGUACCAGGACAGCGUCGACGGACAGCAUAGUUGGAAGUACGAUUUGUUCGAGCCUGGUCACAAAGAUAUAGGCCCGCACGAGUUUGAUCCAUAUAUAUGA